AUGGUGAAGCUUAACAUUGAUGAGAGUGGUUUAGAUAACCCUGGCAAGAUUGGAGCAGUAGGCAUUUUAAGAGAUCACAAGGGAAACUUAAUUUAUGUCUUUGCUACUACCUUAGAAGUGGGUUCAAACAACCAAGCAGAGGUGCAGGCCACUUCUUUUGGCAUUAGUUGGUGCAUUCAACAUGGCUAUAUCAGGGUCAUUCUUGAGAUUGAUUUAGAACUGGUGGUUAUAUGGCUAAAGAAGGAAAGCAACUUACCUUGGAGAAUCAUUCAACACAUCUCAGAACUCCAAGAAUUGGUCAGGAUACUUGAUCAAUUCCAAUGCAAACAUGUGUACAGGGAGGCAAAUUUUCCAACAAAUACUCUCUCAAAAUACAUCCACAGAAUCGAUACCACUCACCACAUCUAUACUUACAAGAAUCUACCAUAA